CUAGUAACCAUCACGGAAAAAGAAAGAAAGCGGUGGAGGGGCCGGGGAUGCCCUGGGGACGGGACCAAUCGUGACUCUUGAAUGGCGCUUUCGAUCUCGUCUGCUUUUCCACCCAUCUCGCCAUCGCCAUGUCUUCUUUUCUGCUGCCAACCCCUUCCGUGCUUCCAUCGCCAUCGUCGCGACCGCAAAGACACACGGCGGCAUGGCUGAAUCACGACCGCAGGAAAAGUACCCCGCCAUCCAGGGCGGCGGGAGCCUGAUGAUUGCAUGGCAGGUCAAGGGCAAACCUGUCCUUGUCAUCGGCGGCGGUGAGGUAGCAGCAGGACGGAUUGUCCACCUCCUCAACGCCGAUGCCGUCGUCACCGUCAUCUGUCCCUCGAGCGGCCUGAACGCCGAAGUCUCGUACCGUGUCGCCCAAAAGCAGGUAACCCACGUCGACCGGAUCUUCCUCCCCUCGGACCUCGACGACAAGGACUGGUCUAUGGUCCUCGUAGCCAUCGACGAUCCUGCCGCCUCGACCCAGAUCUGGAAGCUGUGCAAGCAGAAGCGCCUGGUGGCCAACAUUGCCGAUGUCCCGCCCGAGUGCGACUUUUACUUUGGCAGCGUGCACCGCGAUGGACCGCUACAGAUCAUGGUGUCCACCAAUGGCAAGGGGCCGAGGCUGGCGAGCAUGAUCAGACGCUUCAUUGCGAAGCAGCUGCCGUCCAAUGCUGGGAGGGCCAUUGAGGCCAUUGGCGAGCUGCGCGUCAAGCUGCGCCAGGUUGCGCCCGAACCCGAGGAGGGCCCCAAGCGCAUGUCCUGGAUGAAGGACGUGAGCGACAGGUACAGCUGGGAGGAGAUGUGUGAGAUGACGGACGAAGACAUGACCAACCUGCUCACGUUCUAUGAGCCCAACAGGGUGCCAAGCUUCCAUGAUCUCAGGGGGAUGAGAGCAAGUGCUAUCGAAGCAGCCAAGGCAGAUGUGUUCGACGGGUCGUUCGGGUUCAGCGUUGGUGUAUGAAUGAGUUUUGUGUACGAGUAUGAAUUGGAGAUGGCAAAGGCCGAUCUCGAGACAACA